AUGAGUGAGGAUGGAAAUUCCGCAUCCCAACAUGUGGAGGCUCCAAUCCUCGACGAGACCUCGAAUAGACCAGAAGUCUCAUCAGACGCAGCCAGUCCUGUCAAUCGCAACGUCCACAAUCUGCGACUUGACACAAAUCAGGAAGAGCCGUCGCUGAAGUCAGAGACAUCUAGCAUCGUUCCGACGAGUGCGCGACUAAGCAUCGCCACAACGCACCACGCAAUCAACCUCGAGAGUAGCAGCGAAAAUGUGGGUGCAAUGCUGGACAGUAUCCUGGCGAACCCAGGUUGGAAUGUUGGACGGGAGCGGAGGAACUCGAUGUUCAGCAUGCGCAGUCUACAGCCGACGCUACCGCCAUAUGAGGAAUAUCGUGGCCAUGUGGCUGGACAAGCUGGAGAAGCUGGCCCGUCAAAUCUUCGGCAGGAAGCUGGCAUGAAUCGAGUUACUGAUCAGAAGCGGCCUGUCUCUCCUGAUGACCAUGAACGGGAAGUGGGAAACAUGUCCAGGGAAAAUGAAACACUGCCCAGUAUCGAUGCUGACCCCGAAGUUUCAUUGACGGCCCAUUAUAGUCGUGUAGUCCGUACUCUCGACGAGAGGUACACAGAUGAAUUGGAGCGCCGACGCCAGGAAAUAGAGAGAUUGCAAUCGACCCAUACGUCGCAGCUCGCGCAAAUGCGAAACGACGUGGAUGCUGUGUAUCGUAUUGAAUUGAGGAAGCGCAGCCAGGAAACAGAAAGGGUGAAGGAAGAAUUUGCCUCAAGGGCUGAAGAACUUGUACGUGAUGCAUUGAAGAGGGAAGAAGGGAGUAGAAAUCUAGUCAGCCAAGUGAACUUCGAAGCUGAGCAACAGAUGCAGGAGUUGCGUGAGCAGCACAUGCAGGAGUUGCAGAGGGAGAGGAAUGCUGUUGAAGACGUCUGGGAGCGUCGAUGGCGGGAGCGCAUGAAUCUACUGGAAGAAGAAAGGACUAGAAGCAUUCGCAAAAGGGACGAGAAAUGGCUGUCCUUCAUACAAGAAAGACAUCCUCAAGCGGUCGAUGCUGCAAAGUCAAUGCUAUGGGAACUUGCUGAAAACAAUAAGUGA